AUGAAAUCUUCUAUCGUGGGCGUGGCGGCUUGGGUGUCUCUUGGACACGCUCUGUCCUUGCCUCCUCUCAUUCCGACUAUUCCUGGGGUGACCGAGCCCUUGACUACCAACGCUCCCCCUCUUCCUAUUCUCCAGCUUCCCACGCCGCCUUUGGAGAGCCCUCCGUUCAAUGGGAGUGACAUCAAGCCGAAGAAGAUCGGCUACUUCUGGACUGGCUCUGGCGAUAAGUGGCACAAGGAUUUCCUUGCCACUUACAGUCUCGACGAUGACACCUUCGGUACCCUCAUUUGGGUCACUGACGUACCCUCCAGCGGGAACGAUCCUCACCAUUCUGGACCAUCUCUGGAUGGUAAGACCAUCUGGGGUGGUGGUCUGCUGUCUUUGCUGAAGACUCAGGAUACCGGCUUCUACUUCGAUACAUCGGACCCCUAUCGCCCCAAGUUUCUGAAGAGCAACCGCGGGGUUCUGGCCUCAAUUGCUGAUGAGGUUCGCGCCAAGCCAGAUGGUGGUUAUUUCAUCACAUACAUGGGCUCGGCCGUGGGUACUGCGCCAGGUCGUUUGAUUGAAACUGACGAGAAUUUCAAUAUUAUCCACGAAUGGCCCGAGGAUGUCGAUGGACUUUUGAACAUUCUCGGAGAGCAGUUCUCCCCUCACGGCCUCAGUAUUGACUGGGAGCGGAAGUACAUCCUGACCUCUGACUUUGUGGAGCCGAUUACGAUUCUCAAGCCUAGUCUGGGUGUUCGUCACGCCAACACUUUGCGCCUUUGGGACUUGGACUCGCGUAAGAUUCUGAGCACCCUGACGAUCCCCAACGGUGGUGGAAUCCAAGAUGUCAAGUUCAUCCCAGGCAACCCCGAGGGUGCUGCCCUCGCGACAGCUGUUCAUCUCGGCCAGGUGUGGAUUAUUUAUCCCGGCCGCAAGGACAAAGACGGCAAGCAGGGUACCAUCGAGUUGCUCUAUGACCUUGGAGAGAAGGCGCGUGAUACCGACGUAGCCCGUGCUAAUCAUACCAUCAAUAGCUCGGAUAUCAGCCAGGACGGCCGGUUCAUCUACUUGACGUUGACCACCGGUAACCACAUCGCUGCUCUUGAUAUUAGCGACUUGAAGCAUGUAAAACGCCUGGAUGACCCUGACGAAGUUCAACCCAUUGUUGGGCCGCACUAUGUCAAGAUCACCCCUGACCAGAAACAUCUCGUCGUCACCGAUUACUUCGUGCAGACCGGUGAUAUUGGAAUUAUCAAUACACCUGCGGACUACAAGGCUCAUUACAUUGAUCUCAAUGAGGAUGGGAGCUUGAGCUUUAACCGCUCUAUCAACUUCCCCCAGGAAUUUGCCAAUCGCGGAGGUGCUAAGCCUCACUCCAGUGUGGUGUUCGACCUGACCGAUCCUGAAAAUCCCAUCUACUACUAA